AUGGCUACCCGUACCGUGACCGUGCUUACCGUACACGGGCGUCGUCAUACGGUGAAGGUGGAACAGAACAUGACCAUUCUAGAGAUACUGGAGACUGUCUGCCGUAAGUACAGUUUUCCCCAGGAUUUGUACGACCUGGUGCACCACAACAAGGUGCUCGAUCUAUCAAUCAUGUACCGCUUUUCCGGCAUACCGAACAACGCCCUGCUCGUGAUGGCCAAAGCGAAGCAAACGCGCACGGAAGACGAUGUAAUAGUGCAGCUGCAGCUCGAGGACGGUACUCGUAGCGACAACGGUACGUUUAAACCGUCACAAACGUUACUGGAUGUGUUGGUGGCGCUCUGCCCAGCGCGAGCGAUCGCGGAAGCCCAUCCCGUGCUGGUGUACAUGCGACGGGAGGUAUACUGGGAGCAGCUAGCGACAACCACACUGAAAAGCCUCGGCCUAACGCGAGGUCGUGCCGCACUGCGCCUGUUGAAACGCCUAGCGGAACAAUCAAAGGUACAGGCCAACGUUUCGGCACCAUUGCCGCAAACGGUGCGUCGGGAAGCACCCGCUAAACCAGCCGCUGCAGCGCCUUCAAGCGAAGCGAUUCCUGCUGCUGCUUCGAGCGUAUCGGAAGCAGUGAUGAUUGCUUCGCCGAUGGAGCCUGUACCGACAGAUUCGCAACCACCACCGGUACCUCCUACGGAAGAGUCGACGAAGGACACAAAAGAACCUUUGCUUGAUACAAUAAGUAUGCAGCAUGUCGAUGUGCCCCGCUCUGAGGCAAAAAUACUGAUACUAGGCGAACGAGAAGCAAUCCUUUAUCACGCAUCGACCGCGGUGCGGGACCAAACCGAGGUGACAGAUUCGUUUUUUGAACUAACGGUACCGGAACUGAUGCAACUGUACAAACAACUACAGGACCGGGUAAAAGCGUUUGAAGAUGCACCAUUAUUGACAGGGGAGUUGCGCGAGUUGGAACGCAAUCAGCAGUUGUUGAGCAACAUGGACCGUUGUCGGCAAGCGGUCAUAAGAGUACAGUUUCCCGACCGUCAUGUUCUACAGGGAGUUUUCCAGGUGCACGAAACCGUUGGACAUGUGGUGCAGUUUGUUCGCGGAUAUUUAGCCGACUCAAAACAAUCAUUCUAUCUGUAUACAACUCCACCUAAGGUAGUUUUACAACAACCAAACAUUUCCCUGAUCGAUGCUGACUGUUUUCCUCAAGUAUUGCUACACUUUAGCCUUGAUGCUUCUACGUUUAACGAUAGUACGAUUGAUCCGGUCGGAUUUUGCCUGAAACCUGAACUGCUCGGACGGCUGUCGAAUGCAACCGGUGCGGGAGUGCUUGCUGCCCGUACGAAACGGUACGUAGCAGCAGGGACGAGCAGCACACAGGAAACCAUGAUUACGGCUGGUAACACCGAGAAGAUGGUGAGUUACACACAUGACACGAUUGUGGCUAGUUCAUCAAAGCGCAUACCAAACCGCAACUUUAGACAAUCCUCAUCCACCCCAGCCCAAUCGACGAGCGAACGUGAAGCGAAGAUAUUGAAGUUUUUGAAGAAAUAG